CCGCGCGUCCGGAAACGCUCCCUGCUUUUGGCGCGGUGGUGGCAGCUGUGGCGGCCAUUUUGGAAUCCCUUUCAGCACUGUCUCCGAGCGAGCGAGAAGCUGCCCGUCCGCCCGUGGAUGACUUACUUGGCUUGCCUGCCUCCAUUCUUCCCUCGCUCGCCAAACCUCCUUUUCUUUUUUUCGUCCUAAUUCGCCGAGGAGGACGCACACGCGUGUGUUCUCUUGUCCGCCGCAACGACCGAAGGAUUCGUCAGAAAACAAAAAGCGACCGAGCCGUUAUGGCGACUGCUACCCCAAGCCGUGAAGCUGGCCGGUCGGCGGCUGCCGCCGCCGCCGCCUCCUCCUCGACGCCCCUCUCACCCACCCGCAUCUCUCGUCUGCAGGAGAAGCAGGACUUGCAGCACCUCAACGAUCGGCUGGCCGUCUACAUCGAGCGGGUGCGCUCCCUGGAGCUGGAGAACGACCGGCUGCUGGUCAAAGUGUCUGAGAAAGAGGAGGUCACCACCAGGGAGGUGAGCGGCCUGAAGCACCUGUACGAGGCCGAGUUGGCGGACGCUCGCCGGGUUCUGGACGAAACCGCCAGGGAGCGCGCUCGGCUGCAGAUCGAUCUGGGCAAGGCUCAGGCGGACUUGGAAGAGGCCACACGCAGCGGCAAGAAGAAGGAUGCGGACCUGGCGGCGGCCAUGACUCGGGCGGCCGCUUUGGAGAGUCAACUGAACCAGAGCGAAGCGGCGCUCUCCACCGCUCUCAGCCAGAAUGCUGCGCUCAGCUCCGACCUGCUCGAAGUCAAAGGCCUGCUGGCUAAGGCGGAGGACGCACACGCCGUCGCCAAGCGGCAGCUGGAGGCCGAGACCUUGAUGCGCGUGGACUUGGAGAACCGCUCACAGUCGCUCAGCGAGGAGCUGGAGUUCAGGAAGAACAUGUUCGAGGAGGAGGUUCGGGAGUCUCGGCGCAGACAAGAGCAGAGAAUUGUGGAGGUGGACUCUGGUGUCAGACAGGACUACGAGUUCAAACUGUCCCAAGCUUUACAGGACCUGAGGAAGCAGCACGAUGACCAGGUCACUCUCUACAAGGAGGAACUGGAGCAGACCUUCCAGGCCAAGCUGGACAACGCCAAGGUGUCGUCGGCGAUGAACGACAAGGCCGUGCGCACGGCCAGAGAGGAGCUGCAGGAGUCCCGAAUGAGAAUCGAGGGUCUGGCCUACCAGCUGAGCGCCCUGCAGAAACAAGCGGCCGCCGCCGAGGACCGCGUCCGCGAGCUGGAGGACAUCCUGUCGUCGGACCGGGACAAGCACCGGCGCGCGAUGGAGGCCAAGGACCGCGAGAUGAACGACCUGCGCCAGCGCAUGAACGCCCAGCUCUCCGAGUACCAGGAGCUCCUGGACGUCAAGCUCACGCUGGACAUGGAGAUCAACGCCUACAGGAAGCUCCUGGAGGGAGAGGAGCACAGGCUCAAGUUGUCUCCCAGCCCGUCUUCGCGCGUCACCGUCUCCAGGGUGACGGGCUCGUCCUCGUCCCGCACCUCCAAGCGUAGGAGGGGGGACCUGGAGUCAGGUGACGCGCCGGGCGAGGAGCUGAUGCUGGCGACUGAGGAGGACACGGCCAGCGGCGCCGUCUCCAUCUCGCCCACCGACAUGGACGGAAACUCGGUCACCCUGGCUAACGACACGGAGCAGGACCAGCCUUUAGGAAACUGGAGGCUGAAGAGACAAGUGGACGACGCGGACGAGAUCGUUUACAAGUUCUCGCCAAAGUUUGUUCUCAAAGCGGGACAGACAGUCACUGUGUGGUCCGCAGACGCCGGCGUGGCCCACAGUCCGCCUUCUGAUCUCCUGUGGAAAAGCCAGGCUUCCUGGGGCACAGGAAGUGAUAUGGUCACCAGCUUGGUCAACUCCGACGGCGAGGAAGUGGCCAGACGGAGCUUCAGUAAGAAGGUGGAAGUGCAAAACGGAGAGGAAGAGGAGGAAGAGGAGGAGGAGGAAGUGGUGCACAAGAGGGCCAAAAUGUCGUCCAGAGAGUGCGCCGUCAUGUGAAGCCUCGGCGGGGAACCUUGGAGCCGCUCCGCCCGCAUCCAGACAAACACCUCCUCAUUUUUCUUAGCCGCCGCCGCCACACUUUGAUAGCAACUGUGAGUUUUUUGUUUUUUUGCGUUGUUUUUGACAACGUGUUUGGUUUGUUGUUGGCCAAUAACGUUCCCACUGCCAGCGUCACCACCGGACUCAGAAAUAGAUUUUUUUAAACCACCUUCUUGAAGGGCUACAAUUGCGCUGCCGCCGUUGUCGACAAACCAUCACAAAGGUUGAUUUUUAAAGAUUUCUUUCACUUUUUUUUUUUUUUUUAAUAAAAUCAACCUUUGAGUUUAGUGUGGAGCCUACUGACUGCCCACACCGUAAGAUGGUCUCCUCGUUUUGUCAACAUUUUAGAGCCACUUGAGGGCAAAUUGAUUUAUUGCUCCUUUGAACAGUUCCAAUAUAUUGAACACUACAAGGGGGGGGGGGUGCUCCUUUCAUUAGUAUGGGUGGAAUAUUUGAGUUCAGGUCGGGGAUUUUAGAAAUAGUCCAAAUUGGAAAGUUUCCAUGGGAAUUAACUGGGAAUUGAGGGUCAUUUAACGGAAAGUUAUCAGUCAUGCAUGAAUUUAAACAUUUAGUUUCAUCAUAAGUAAAUAUCCAUGCAAAAUGGAGAGCUCUCCUUGCCCACAUGUGAAGGCAUUCUUGUACCUUUCGCCAUUUUUUUUUUUUUUUUUCCUCAGCGCUUCACUCGAGCGGCAGCAUAUCUGAUGCUUGCUCACAACACAAAGCAAAAAAACAAAACUACCAAGCGACGGCUUGUAACUAGAGACAAUACAACAAGUUGGGGCACUCGUAUACUGCAGGAAAUCUGGGUUGUCUUGGUCAAAA